AUGGGUAAUGCAAGUGCUUGUUGUUCUUAACCUACUGCACUGGCUAAAAAUUAGCUGAUUUCUUUGGAAAAAUAAUCGAUAAACAAUGAAGAUUGUGAUGUAAGAGAAUAUGAGGCUGACGACUUUGUUAAGAUAGGCCUAAAAGCUAACAAUGUCAAAGAACACUCAUUGUUUAAUCAACCAUCCAUAAUCAGAAGAUAGGCCAGUGUUGAGGCUCCAAAAUUAGGUUAACGUUUAGAGUUCUUUCCAGAGGUAUCCAAUCAAAUCGUACGAACUGUAUUAAGUUAAUUACCAUUACUUGAAAUUCCAGAGGGUAUUGAAAGAGGAGAACAAAAUCCUCCAAUUAAGUUUGACAAUGAUUUUAUCUAUUCUGGAGAAUGGAAAGAUACCUAAAAACAUGGUUAUGGAAAACUAUUAUGGCCAGAUGGAAGUUAUUACGAAGGUGGUUUCAUUAAUAAUGAAGCAUCUGGAUAUGGUAGAUUGAUUCAUUCCUUUGGAGAUUACUAUGAAGGUUAGUGGAAGAACGACCAGGCAAAUGGUAUUGGUAAAUACCAUAGAUACAAAAAUUAGGCUUGUUAUGAAGGAAACUGGGUUAAUGACAAAUAGCAAGGGCAUGGGAAGGAAACUUGGUAGGAUGGGUCGUCCUAUGAAGGGGAAUAUCAAAAUGGCAAAAAGGAAGGAAGAGGAAUGUUCAAAUGGGGAAAUGGAAAUAUGUAUAUUGGAGAAUUUAAAAGUAAUAAAAUGGAUGGACAUGGAGUUUAUUACUGGAAAAGUGGAAAGGUUUAUGAUGGCGAAUGGAAAGAAAAUCGAAUGGACGGAGAAGGAUCUUUUAAUUGGCCGGAUGGCAGAAAGUAUAAAGGUGGAUACAAAAACGAUUUAAAAGAAGGAUAUGGAAUAUUUGAAUGGUCAGAUGGUAGAUAUUAUAAAGGGGAGUGGAAAUAGGGUAAACAACAUGGUAAGGGACUACUCAAAAUGGAUUAGGCUAAAGAGGUUUAAUCAGAAUGGGUUAAUGGUAAAAUCAUUACAGAACGAUAAAUCGAAAUAUAAGGAACGACUUCGUGAACAUCUUUUCUAUUUAUUUUCGUUAUUCUACAUUCAUUUUUUA